AUGUUGGAUCGUAUCCACAGUAGUCAUCUAGGUGUUGAGAAGUGCCAGCGGAGAGCGAGAGAUAUCCUGUUUUGGCCAAGUAUGAAUGACCAGAUAAAGGAGCUAGUGAGUCGAUGUGACAUUUGUCUGUCAUUUCGAAACAAACAGCAGAAGGAACCACUGAAGUCUCAUGCGAUUCCUCAGAGGCCAUGGCAAAAAGUCGCAACAGACUUGUUUGAAAUCGACGGAGUUAUGUACAUUUGCUUGGUAGACUACUACUCGAAGUUUGUCGAGUUUACCAAAGUAUCUGACACUAAGAGUGCAACUGUGAUUGAGUGGCUAAAAGAACAGUUUGCACGUUAUGGCCUCCCAGAAGAAGUCAUUUCCGAUAAUGGUCCCCAAUACUCCAGUGAUGUGUUCGCAGAGUUUGCACGCAAAUACGAGUUUCAGCAUCAUACCUCCUCCCCGGAGUACCCGCAAAGCAACGGUAUGGCUGAACGGGCUGUGCAGACCUUGAAACGGUUGUUGAAGAAAGUAGGCCGAGCUGGACGUGAUCCCUACUUGGCAAUAUUGGAGUGGAGAAACACCCCUCUCCAAGGAAUGGGCUCACCCAGUCAGAUGUUGAUGGGUCGAAGAACAAGGUCCCGUCUGCCUGCAACUGGAAAGUUGUUGAAAUCACCUAACUUCAACGAUAACAGUAACUGA